GCGGUGAUAGAGGGAAAGAAGAUUUAAUUACGGAUUGACGAAAUGCGGUCGGAAUGAAAUUGGAAUUCAUCCCAAACUCAAAUUACACUGAAAUGAAGAUGAAAUUCGUAUUAAAUUCACGCGUAGCAGUCAUGAUAUCCGUGAUAGCAGUCGGCGUCGUCGUCUUCAUCCUAGAGAGAGAGAGAGAGAGAGAGGGAGACACGCAGAGAGAUUCUUAGAGAAAGAAAGAGAGAGUUGUAGAGAGAGAAAGUAGAUAGAGAGAGAUUGUGGCUUUGAUAUUUCCGUCCGGGAAACAAAAGUUGAGGGAAAGCUCCUUUGGACUCUUCCGCUGGAUUGGGAGGGACUGACGCCAAAUGUGGCGGAGAAAUUAGGGGAAACUCUCACUAUCUCCCGCCGGUCUUCACCCUUCAUUGCGUUUGCUUCUGGGUCUUUGCUUAAAAUGACCUGUUCGUUAUGAGGAUUUUUUUUUUGCUUUCGAUGAGGUUCAAUUCUUGUGAGUAAAGGUGGUUUGAUCUAGUUAAUUUAGGGUUCUUUCGAGGAGCACUGUGCACUAGGAUUAGUAGUUUGGAGCAAAUGCGAAUGGGUGACACAGAAGAAGCUAGUAUCGAUAUGAUGCAGAGGCUUCAAUCUUCUUUUGGGACUUCAUCUUCAUCAAUCCCGAAACAACCCUUGUCCAUAAACCACCAACUUGAUAUUCCUCAGUUUAACACAUCCCAUAUCCGUGCGCCUAUGCGACAGGCUUCGCAAAGUUUUAAUCUUGAUAGCAGCAAGCGCCUUGGGAUACCACCGUCUCACCCACAUCUGCAGAUCCCUCCCAUUUCACCCUAUUCGCAGAUCCCAGUCACCCGCCCUGCUAAUCAACAAGUCGGUUCACAGAAUUUUAGCCCGGGGCCAUCUCAUUCAAGAUCUUUAUCUCAGCCUUCCUUUUUCUCCCUUGAUUCACUGCCCCCGUUGAGUCCUUCGCCUUAUCGUGACUCUCCAUCAACCUCACUCUCCGAUCAGGUUUCUGCUGAUGUCUCUAUGGAGGAUCGAGACACCAACUCACAUUCAUUAUUGCCACCGUCACCUUUCACUAGGAGUAAUUCUUCAAGGGUUGGUGAGAGUCUUCCCCCACGCAAAGCACACAGAAGAUCGAAUAGUGAUAUCCCAUUUGGGUUUUCUACAGUGGUGCAAUCUUCGCCACCUCUCAUGCCACUAAAGAGUCCGGGUGCUUUGGAGCGACCGGUCUCGAGAGAUGGGGGUAAACCUGUUCAGUUGGUUAAAAGGGAAUCGAAUUGGGAUAGAGGUAGUGAUGGCAAUGCAGAAGGAAUGGGUGAGAGGAAAUCUGAAGGAGAAGUUGUGGAUGACCUCUUCUCUGCAUAUAUGAAUUUGGAUGGUAUUGAUGCAUUGAACUCUUCUGGUACUGAUGACAAGCAAGGUAAUGAGAAUCGUGAAGAUUUGGACAGCAGAGCCAGUGGCACGAAGACAAAUGGUGAUAGCAGUGAUAAUGAAGCAGAAAGCAGUGUAAAUGACAGUAGUAAUGGCAUGCAGAUAGAAGGAGUUGGUUCAGCUGAAAAAAGGGAAGGGAUUAAGCGGACUGCUGGGGGAGAUAUUGCUCCGACCUCCAGACACUAUAGAAGUGUUUCGAUGGAUAGUUUCAUGGGAAAAAUGCAUUUUGGGGAUGAGUCACCUAAGCUGCCACCUUCCCCUGCAACUCGUCCUGCGCAAACAUCGCCCAGCAAUACAAUGGAUGGAAAUUCUGGUACCUUUAGCUUGGAAUUCGGGAAUGGUGAGUUUAGUGGGGCUGAACUGAAGAAAAUUAUGGCAAAUGAGAAACUUGCUGAGAUCGCAUUAACUGACCCAAAGCGUGCCAAAAGGAUCUUGGCCAACCGUCAAUCAGCUGCUCGUUCUAAAGAACGAAAAAUGCGGUAUAUCUCAGAGUUGGAACACAAGGUUCAAACCUUGCAGACAGAGGCUACCACCUUGUCUGCCCAGCUUACAUUGUUACAGAGAGAUUCUGCUGGGCUCACAAGCCAGAACAAUGAAUUAAAGUUUCGCCUUCAAGCCAUGGAACAACAGGCACAGCUCCGAGAUGCUCUAAACGAGGCGUUGACUGCAGAAGUCCAACGGUUGAAGAUUGCCACUGCAGAGCUGAGUGGUGAUUCUCACUCUUCUAAAUGUUUGGGCGGUCAGCAACUUUCUAUUAAUCCCCAGAUGUUCCAGCUACACCAGCAACAGCCUUCACAACUUAAUAUUCAUCAGCUGCAGCAGGCACAGCAGCAUCAGCAUCAGCAUCAGCAUCAGCAUCAGCAUCAGCAUCAGCAGCAGCAGCACCAGCAGCAGCAGCAGCCACAGCAGAAAAGCUGCCCAACAACAAAGCAUGAGUCAACCCAAUAGGCUGUGAAGCAUCAGAUAGCAAUAUGGCAUCGAAACUGUGGAUGCCUCUUUAAUCGUUCUCCCGCUCUGGCUCUCAAUAUUAAGCAGUUUGUUCGUGCAUUCGUUCAUUAGUUUCCAACACUGUAAGGUGUGGUAAUUACAAAAUUCAACCCUGCGUUGUAUGUUGUGCUCAGACUGCGGUAUGAAGUCAUAUACAAACCCUAAGAUAUAUUUAAUUUAUAUUUAUAGCUUUUAUUUAUAUCCCAAUCCGGUAUGGGCAUGUAAGCAUUACUUGGACAUGUACUCUUAUUAUGUCAUCGACAGUGGUGGGGAAGUUUAAACUCAAAAAUUCAUCCUCAGUUUUAUCUUUGUAUUUUAUCUUUGUAUUUCAGUCGAGAAUGAAUGUGUCAUUUCUUUUCAA